CCAUCCCUGUUGAUCACAGCUCUGCUGUGAACCAACCGGCAGAGCCCUCCUGGCUCCAGCCGCAGGAGCGUUUGCACCUCCGACCUCUUUUCUCCAAAUUCCCACAACUUCACAGCCCCCUUUUCUCCUAAGCAACAUCUGGGUGAGGAGCAGGACAUCCACACCCUGCUGAGAUCCAUGUGUUUCUCGGAAAGGUGGUCCAGCCUUCCCCUGUCUUCCACCGAGCAGCUGUGCUGAGACAACGCCGAGCUCGCCAUGGAGCUGCUGGAGGAACCUGACUCAUAGAUGUUCCCAGCACCAGGGCUCGCUCUCCCUCUCCGAAUCUUGGAUAGAGCUGGGAUUAAUUCGAGCUCUCUUGCCUGAAAGAGAUGUUCCGUUUAAAAUUCCCAAUCCCGAAGGCAUAUUGGAGUUUGGUUCUAGGGAUGGCACCCGCGGAGCCCGAGGCCGCCCCGGCCCGCCGGUGAGGUGCCCCCAGCAGCCCCCCCGAGCCCCCUGGCCAGAGCACGAUGAACAAGCUGCCUUUCCACAACAACAGAGUCAUGCAGGACCGGCGCAGCGUGUGCAUCUUCCUCCCCAACGACGACUCCCUCAACAUCAUCAUCAACGUGAAGAUUUUGUGCCAAGAGUUACUGGUGCAGGUGUGUGACCUCCUGAGGCUGAAGGAUUGUCACCUCUUCGGGCUCAGCGUCAUCCAGAACAAUGAGCAUGUGUACAUGGACCUGGCCCAGAAACUCUACAAGUACUGCCCCAAGGAGUGGAAGAAGGAGGCCAGCAAGGUCAGCGGUGAGGUCUUGCAUGGAGAGCUGAGGCCACCUCUGUCCCCAUCACAGGGCAUCGACCAGUUUGGCCCCCCCAUGAUCAUCCACUUCCGAGUGCAGUACUACGUGGAGAACGGGCGGCUCAUCAGUGACAGGACAGCUCGGUACUACUACUACUGGCACCUGAGGAAGCAGGUGCUGCACUCCCAGUGUGUGCUGAGGGAAGAGGCAUAUUUCCUGCUCACUGCCUUCGCCCUGCAAGCCGACCUGGGGGACUUCAAGAGGAACAAGCACUACGGGAAAUACUUCGAGCCCGAGGCCUAUUUCCCUGCCUGGGUGGUGGCCAAGAGGGGCAAGGAUUACAUCCUGAAGCACGUCCCCAACAUGCACAAGGACCAGUUUGCCCUGACAGCCUCAGAAGCCCAUCUCAAGUACAUCAAGGAGGCUGUCAGGCUGGACGACGUGGCCGUGCACUACUACAGGUUGUACAAGGACAAAAGGGAAGUGGAGGCCUCCCUGACUCUGGGGCUGACAACACGGGGCAUCCAGAUUUUCCAGAACCUGGAUGAGGAAAAGCAGCUGCUCUAUGACUUCCCAUGGACAAAUGUGGGGAAACUGGUGUUUGUGGGCAAGAAGUUCGAGAUCCUGCCGGACGGGCUGCCCUCGGCCCGGAAGCUCAUCUACUACACGGGCUGCCCGCUGCGCUCGCGCCACCUCCUGCAGCUGCUCAGCAGCAGCCACCGGCUCUACAUGAACCUGCAGCCCGUGCUGCGCCAGGUCCGCCGGCUGGAGGAGAACGAGGAGAAGAAGCAGUACCGGGAAUCCUACAUCAGCGACACGCUGGACCUGGACAUGGAGCAGCUGGAGAAGCGCUCGCGCGCCAGCGGCAGCAGCGCCGGCAGCGCCCGGCACAAGCGGCUGUCCCGGCACUCCACGGCCUCCCACAGCAGCUCCCACACCUCCGGCAUCGAGGCCGACCCCAAGGCCAGGGAGGUGGGGCCCGAGGACGCCUUCUCCGGCGCCGGUGCCCACCGCAAGCUGAAGACCUGCAGCUCCAUGACCAGCCACGGCAGCUCCCACACCUCGGGCGUGGAGAGCGGCGGGAAGGAGCGGCUGGAGGAGGAUUCCCAGGAUGAUGAGAUUGAGAUGCUGGUGGAUGACCCCCGGGAGCUGGAGCAGGCUGGGGAGAUGGAGGUGAGCCCCGACAUGUGUGUCUACAUCACCGAGGACAUGCUGCUGUCCCGCAAGUUCAACGGGCACUCGGGACUCAUCGUGAAGGAGAUCAGCUCCUCCACCUCCAGCUCCUCAGAGACGGUGGUGAAGCUGCGGGGGCAGAGCACCGACUCCUUACCCCAGACAACGUGCAGGAAACCCAAGACGUCAACAGACAGGCACAGCCUGAGCCUGGAUGACAUCAGGCUCUACCAGAAGGACUUCCUGCAGCUGGCCAACCUGUGCCAGGACACGGCGCAGAGCUUCACCUUCGGCUGCGCCCACGGCCUGGACGAGGAGGGGCUCUACUGCAACGGCUGCCUGGCCCAGCAGUGCAUCAACAUCCAGGACACCUUCCCUGUGAAAAGAACCAGCAAAUAUUUCUCCUUGGAUCUGACCCACGACGAGGUGCCCGAGUUCGUGGUGUGAGCGUGGGGAGGCUCCGACGCCGCCUCGCCCCGGCCCUGCCCUGCUCCCCGCAGCCCCUGGGUGCUGGAGGAGGGGCAGGAUGGGGAUCUCCGGGCACGGAGGGGAUUCCAGAGGAGUUUGUGCCAAACACAAGUUGUCUUAUUGCGACUGGCAGGAGCGCAGCUCAGCUGGAGCAGGCAGAAGCCCACCUGUGUUUUGUCGUGGCCUCUCUCCCCCCCUCCUUGCCCCCAGGUGACUCUGGGGUGGCUGGAAAGUGCCAGACUGUCGUGUUCAAGCCAAGCCAAAGAAAUGUAAAUAACCCUAAAGGCCAGUAUGGGAAGGGAGAAUUAAGCAAUAACCAGCCAGGGAUCUCCGGGCAUGGUGAUGUUCCAUGGAGGAAGGCAUGGCCAGCAGCUCCUGGGGCAGAGCAUGAUCCCAGUUUUUCCAAAAACACCUGCUGGAGGUCAGGCCACAGCAGUCCCAGCCAGGUGGAUGAUGGCUGGAAGCUCUCAGAGCCAUUUGCAACUUGUUUUUUAUAUUUUUCUCUUUUUUUCCUUUUUUUUUUCUUUUUGUGAGAGCAAAACCCCAAACCAAAAAAAAAAAAAAAAGAACUCACCCUCCCAAAAAAACAAAAGAAAGCAAAGCAGGAUGGAAAAAAAUAAAUCCCCUAUAAGGAUAAUGCAAUAAUGCAUUCCAAACAUUGAAUAUCUAGAGAAUACAUAUAUAAAUAUAUCGAGGUAUGUAUGUUUAUAUAUGUCUGGAUCUUAUAGACCCAUUUGCAUUUUACUCCUGCUCUGAAACACCUUUUCUACAAAAGAUCUGCCUCUCUUCUUUCAUGAACUGUAUCAAAAAUCCUAUUUUUUUUUUUCCUAAGCACUGCUAAGGUGAGAAAACAGACUUUCCUCUUGAGGAGAAUGUGCAUCCUUGCCUUGUCCGUGUGGCUCUUCCCACUGCAUCUCCCUUCUCUUUUCCCAAGGCUUUUCAUGCAUCCUUAGGUGUCUUACAGCUGGAAUAAUUCUGCCAGAGGAUGAUGGUGACGUGCUAGGAAAAUCCAGGGGUGGUUUCUGAGUGUGUCCCAGGGAAGGCAGACAGCCCAGGUGGAAGUUUUGCUGAUUGCAGAGUUAAUUAUCACAGCACAAUGCCUUUGUAGUGGAUAUUUUUAAUUAGAGUUUAGCCAUUGACAGCCAAAGUUUUGCCAUAUUUUGAUACACCACCGUUUGUUUUUUUUUUUUUUUUUUAACUGGAAGCUUUUCUUAACAGAAGAAACCAAAAAAAAAUUAUAAUUAUUUUAUAAAUAAGCACAAUCUUAUUUUUAUAAGAAAUGUUGGGGGAGGGAGCUGAGAAAUGGGAGCUGGUACCAAAAGAAAUGGAGAGUAGCUAUAGGCACAGUGCAAAAAAAUAAAAAAAAAUCUCUUGGGAUGUUGGGAUGUGGGGGAGCUGCUGUGGGACUGUGGCACUGUGCCCCCACCCCAGAGCUUGGUCUGGCCCUGCCUGAGGGGUUUUUUGGGCAAAAAUGUCAAUGUCCCACGUUGGCAGGGCAGGAUGGUGGUCCCUAAAGCAUCCUUGUCUCCCUAAAUCCACACAGGGCAGCUGAGGGGAUGCUGCUGGGGCUUAGGGCUCUGUGCCCCACUUUGGUGUGGGUGGCACCCCACCAAAUACCCCAAAAAGCUCUCUUUGGGUGCUGGGACAACAUUUGUGUGUCACAGCUGGGUUUGCAGUGUGAGUUUCCAUGCUGGCACAGGCAGGAAAAUUCCCCAAAUUCAUCCCCAGCCUCUGGGUGCUCUCCUUGGCACCCUCACCCUGCAGCAACACAGAGCUGGAGGGAAAAAAGGGAUAAAAUGUGUAAAGGAAUGCUCAACACUGCUGAGAAGUGGGGAGGGGGCAGCCCCAUCCCAUUGUCCUGCAUCCAGAGCUGGGGUGGAGCAAUGGGAUUGGGAUGGAGCUUGAUCCUACAAACAGCAGCAGUGCCAGGGAGCAGGGGGACACAGAGGGGCCACUGGAGCAGGGGGACACAGAGGGGCCACUGGAGCAGGGGGACACAGAGGUGCCACUGGAGCAGGGGGACACAGAGGUGCCAUUUAUUCCCAGUUUUCCCACAGGUGGCCGUGCCCUCCUGCCCUCAGGGCUGUUCCCCCUGCAGUAAGGAGCUGUCUGUCUGCACAAAAUAAUCCUUUCUGUGAAAGGAUCUUCCCAUCUGGGCUGAUGGGAGAGCCCAGUGACUGUGUUGCAAAAGGAACAGGAAAAAAAAAAAAGAAAAAAAAAAAAGGAAGAAAACUCCAGGAAAACCGAGUGAAAAUCCCCGGAGCAAAAUUCUUUUGUACCAAUGAAGUUUGUUGUGUGCCUUUUGCAGAACGGCUGCAGGUGACAAUAAAGUGACAGUUGUUUGCAUCA